AUGUCUGAGCUGGAGAAGGCCAUGAUGGCCAUCAUCGAUGCCUUCCACCAGUACUCUGGGAAGGAGGGAGACAAGCACAAACUGAAGAAAUCAGAACUAAAGGAGCUCAUCAACAACGAGUUGACCCAUUUCCUUGGCGAGAUUAAAGACCAGGAGACUGUGGACAAAGUCAUGGAGGCGCUGGACAGCGAUGGGGACGCAGAAUGUGACUUCCAGGAGUUUGUAGCCUUCAUUGCAAUGGUCACCACUGCUUGCCAUGAGUUUUUUGAGCAUGAGUGAGCUGAAGGGAAGCAGGCGAGCACCUCCUGCUCGUGCUGGAGAGAUGCAGAGCAGCAUGGCUCCUCUGGGAAAAAGACUGGAUGCAAUUAGGGGCUUCUUGGAGCUAAGCUUGUGCUAGACUUAAGCAGCUUAUUAAGUUCUGCAGCUUUG